AUGAUAAUGAUAUCAAAAAGUAUAAAACAUAUAAGAAUAAUACCUAAAGGUUUAACAUAUCCAAUAAUAAAUAUCACACCAAUAAGAUAUAAUACUACUAAAAUUCUUAAACCUUCAUCAUUUUCAUUCCCUUCAAAUUCUCCACCUCCACCUUCUUCACUUAAAUCAAAUCAGAAUCAACAACAACAACAACAACAACAAGAAGAAGUUGAGAAAUUUAAAGAUGAUUUUAAAUAUACUAGAUUAAUUCAAGGUAAAACAGAUUUACAAUUAGGUAUAACUGAAAGAGCAAGUGAUAAAUUAAAUCAAAUUAAAAAAGAUGAUAAUAAUGAAAAUUCAGGUUUAUUAAUUAAAGUUGAAAGUGGUGGAUGUCAUGGAUUUCAAUAUAAUUUAAAAUUAAUUGAUAUUUCAAAAGAUUUAAAUCCACUGGAUGAAAUUUUUAUAUUUGAAAGAAAUGGUGGGAAAGUUAUUUUAGAUGAAUCAAGUUUAAUGAUUUUACAAGAUUCUAAAGUUGAUUAUACUAAAGAAUUAAUAGGUAGUCAAUUUAAAAUUGUUGAUAGUCCUUAUACUUCAAGUUCUUGUGGUUGUGGAAGUUCAUUUGAUUUUGAUUUUGAUAAAUUACAAGAGAAAUCAAAGUAG